UAGCAACCACAAGUUGUCAAUCCAAUUGUUAAUUAAUCCAAUAUCAGCAAAAAUGAGAACCAUUUUUCUCAUUUAUUUCACUGCUUUCAUUGGUAUUUUACUUGCUUGUUCUGCAUUUGAAAGAAGGCAUUUACCAGGUAAAGAGAUUGUGCUUUAUUCUGAAAACAUAAGGAGCUCAUCUGUGAACACAGAAGAUAGAUAAUGCAACUCCAAAUCCUUCGCUGCCUCCUCCAAAAGUAUCACCUCCAAAUCAUCCAGCAGCAUAAUCAGAAAACAUAAGGAGCUCAUUUGUGAACACAGAAGAUAAUGCAAAGCCUAAUCCUUAGCCACCUCCUCUCCAAAAGUAUCACCUCCAACUUAUCGACUAGCAUAUUCCUUGUAUUCGAAUCCUUACACUGCUUCUGCCUAAAAUUAAUUUCUAAAUUUGAAUCCAUCGAUGUCCAAGCUAGGAAAGAACAAAUAAAGAGACUGAUAAUAUGGUGUGAAAGAUCAAAUAAAGGGAAUGAUAAUAAGAUGUGUACUUUCUGUGGUUAUCGAAUGUAUAAUUUGUUGAAUGUAUGGUUAUUGAAUGUGUGAUGUGUACUUGCUAUGGUUAUUGAAUGUAUAAUGUGUACUUGUUAUGGUUAUUGAAU